AUGUCGGCAACGUUUCAGGAAAAUCCCUCUGAGAAGGAAAACCAGGAAUCUAAAGGAGCCGAACUCACUGAAGCCAAUUCUGACCAGUCGAAGGUUUCUCAAGAUUUAAGUAAACAGACAGGUCCGACUCAUGUUACCAUACAGCUUCCUGAAAGCAUGCAGGGCACCUCCAUUAGUCAGCAAAAAAUGCAGGAACUGAUCGCGCAUUUAUCACAGUCCGGUCAACUUAACGAUGACGGAAAAAUUAUCAUUCAGGUGAAAGGCAGUCUUGAGAAACCAGAGGAGAGAUCUCAGUCCAGUGAGAAGAAUUCCGAUGCAGAUCAAGAACACCAAAUGCCCCCUCCACAACCGGUGUCUUCAGCCCCUUCGAUAAAACCUUCACCGCAUCAAGUGUCUUCACACGCCAUCAGAUACGUGACCGUGCAGCAAGCUCCUAGUUCGUCUGUCUUUUCUACCAGCACACCGAAAACCGCGUUCAUCAGAACAACGACUGGACCAUCCCAGGUCAAAGUUGAUGUACUUCAGAGCCAAUCAAACUCCGCACAGGGUCAAGGUGACAUCAAGACCCAAGGUGCUGCCACGGCCUAUCAGGUUUUGUCUGCCAACGGCGGCGGCGGCGGCGGCGGACAGCAGCUGCAGCAGACAGGCCACUCACAGCAGCCUGCCUACAUCCUUAUUCCGGCCAAUCAGCAGACGCAGCACCUCAGUGUUACGCCUUUGAAUACGACCACGUCGAUGGCGUCGUCCGCUAGCACGCCAAUUCGUGUUGUCAACCAAGCCGGUCAACACAUAAUCUUCCAGCACGCCAACACCACACCCAUGACCUCCACGCCGAUAAGCAGUUUCUCCCUGAAGACGGCCAGCAUGCUGAAGGACGGCGAGCGCAGCGUGGUUGUGCUGCAACAGCAGCACCAAAACCCCAUUCCCAUAGUGCCAGUGCGGUCGUUCGCGCAGCAGCACAACAACCGCCUGCCGCCAGCGCCACCGGCCAUCGCCGCCGCCGCCACCUCCGCCACCUUCUCGCCCAGCCCCUCAACGCCCUCGGUUCGAGUCUCGCGCGGCUCCAGUCUCGGCACCUCUGGGAAGGAGUCCUCGUGGCAGCAGUACGUGAAGCAGUUCGAGAAGCUGGGACCGUGUCCGAUCUGCGGCGACAAGAUCUCGGGCUACCACUACGGCAUCUUCUGCUGCGAGUCGUGCAAGGGCUUCUUCAAGCGCACCGUGCAGAACGCCAAGCGCUACGCCUGCCACAUGGCCACGCCCUCCUCCCUCUGCGACAUCACCGCCACCUCGCGCAAGAAGUGCCCCGCGUGUCGCUUCGUCAAGUGCCUCGAGAAGGGCAUGCGCAUGGAAGCUAUUCGCACGGAUCGGACACGCGGGGGCCGCAGCAUGUACCCGGGCUCGCGAUACCUCCGGCAGCUGGCCGCUCGCGCAUCAGGUGGCGGCGAGGUCAAGUGUGAGCUCAAAUGCACCCCCUCGUCCUCCGCUGGCGCCUCCGCCGCCCUCCCCGCCAUCGCGCCCCUUCCCAACUCCGCCGCCGCCGCCACCGCCGCCGCGGCUGCAAGUGGCGGGUCCUUCCCCAAAAUCGAAGGGGUGAACAUCAUGUCCCUCGGCGGUGUCGGAGGCGGCGUCACCUACGAGCUGCCGGCCUCUGAAGACGUCGGCGGCGGCGUGUACCUCGAUCCGGCGGUGCUGGAGGACACUGGGGGCAGUGGCACGGCUACCUCUGCCGCGUUUCAGGCAGACACUGUCUACAGACUUCCGAUUCAGACUCAUGAGACCCUUGAUAUGCCAAAGGUGCGCACGGCUAGUGCUGUUCGCUAUUUUUGUGGCAUCGGGUUGAACCGGUUGCUUCGAGAUAUCAUCAAAGUCGAGGAGUCCGUGGAAGCCGAGCCGGAGGAGCGACUGGACUUUGAGAGCCCCGAGGCCGGACAGUCGGGCAACGGCGCGUUGCCCCCCAGCGUCACUGAGGAGGAGGCCGCUGUGUACCGGGCGCUGCUCAACCUCGCCGACCAGCGUCUCUACCGCAUUGUCCGGUGGUCCCGGGCGCUGCCGGUCUUCAGCAACCUCGACACCGACGACCAGAUCCUCCUCCUGCAGAACUGCUGGGCUGACCUACUCUGUCUCGACUGCUGUUGGAAGUCCCUGCCGACGCCAACGGAGAUCCGGUUGACGUCGACAAAGUGCAUUAACCUCGACGCAGCUCGUGAAAUGGGCGCCGAAGGCCUGGUGGACAGUCUGCUUCGCCUUACCCAAGAUCUCAAGCGUCUGCGCUUCGGUCUGAUCGAUUUUGCGUGUCUGAAGGUCUUCCUCCUCAUGCAGUCGGACCUAGCCAACCUCAAGGCCGUGGAUCAAGUCAAGCGGUUCCAGGAUUGCGUGAGUGAGAUGCUGAUGGAAUUCAACGCUUCCACGUUCUCCGACGUGCCGAACAAGUACACAGAGCUGCUCAUUCGGAUUCCCGAACUACAGCGAACCAGUGCGAUGGCCCGGGACCUCCUCAUUGACAAAGACCUCUCCCCCUACCUCUCCGCCAACUCCCUGCUCAUGGAACUGCUUCGCAGCGACUUUCAUCGCCAUCCCAGCACCAUGAUGCCGCCGAGCACUUCCGUUGGAUCGGUGACCGUCGACACCGGCGGUCGGGCGACGGCGUCUUUUCCUGAAACCCAGCACCGCGGUGAGGAGAGCGUUGACGAGCGCCACCGGGUCGUGUUCCAGGCCGGCGAAGCCAUGGACACGUCGGCAAACUCUUACCCAUCCAACGGGCCACUCUAA